ACUUUCCACUGCCAUAUUGAUCAAACCACUAGCAGUCCACGUAAGAGUAAAAAGAAAAUGAAAGCAGUACUAGUAACAUUGAGUAGUUUCGCCUUAACGGCUGGAGUUAUUUUCAAUGCUUUUUAUCAGAAAAAUCAAUUCUACCCUUCUGUAGUCUAUUUGACAAAAUCUAACCCUAGUAUGGCGGUAUUAUACGCCCAAGCUUUUGUUUUCGUUGUAUUAUUUGGUAAGCUUUUAAAAAAGAUAUUUUUUGGUCAAUUAAGAGCAGCAGAAGUUGAACAUCUUAUUGAAAAAUCUUGGUACGCCGUGACAGAAACUUGCUUAGCCUUCACAGUAUUCCGAGAUGACUUUAGUCCAAAAUUUGUAGCAAUGUUCACUCUCCUUCUAUUUUUGAAAGGAUUCCAUUGGCUAUCAGAAGAUAGAAUUGACUAUAUGGAAAGGAGUCCUGCGAUAUCAAUCUUAUUUCAUAUACGAGCUAUAGCUUUUAUAGUUCUACUAAGCAGCUUGGAUUUAUUUUUGAUCAAUCAUGCUUACCAAAGCAUAUUAAUAAAAGGAGCAUCUGUUCAACUGGUGUUCGGAUUUGAAUAUGCUAUCUUGUUAACUGUGACUGCUACUGUCCUUAUGAAAUACGUCCUACAUGCUAUUGAUUUACAAUCGGAAAAUCCAUGGGAGAAUAAAGCCGUUUACUUAUUAUAUGGUGAACUUGUUCUCGGCUUCAUCAAAGUCGUUCUCUACGUUUUGUUCUUUAGUAUCAUGAUUAAGGUUCUAACGUUCCCUCUUUUUGCAAUAAGGCCUUUGUAUUUAACUAUGAGAUCAUUCAAAAAGUCAUUGAAUGACGUGAUUAAAUCUCGAAGAGCAAUUAGAAAUAUGAAUACUCUGUAUCCUAAUGCGACUGCUGAAGAACUUCAGGCAACCGAUAAUGUUUGCAUAAUUUGCCGAGAAGAUAUGGCUGUGGGCUCCUGUAAAAAACUACCAUGUCGGCAUAUUUUUCACACAUCUUGUCUUCGCUCUUGGUUCCAACGUCAACAAUCAUGUCCUAUCUGUCGAUUAGAUGUGCUUCAGUCUGAAACGUCUCAAGCAAAUAGAGUUCCUCCACCCCCACAGCCGGCACCAGCACCUCAGCCUGCUCCCGCACCUGCUCAAAUGCCCAAUUUUUGGCCUAUUCCACCACCACAAGUUCCACGACAACCGAAUCAAUCAGCACAAACAACUACAACCGAUAGUUCUUCAACUACCCCAACACCCACAACUAGUGUUAAUACUUCAUCAGCUCCCAGAGUACCAUUUACUCUACCACCUAUGGGUGUUAACCCGCCUCCUCCACCUCCUCCGGGAUCUUUUAUGCCCUUUUUCACACUCGGUAUGCCGUCGUUUCCUCCACCACCCGUUGCUCCUAUAAUGCCAGAGCAGCUGGCUCAAAUGACCGAGGAGCAGCUAAGAAGUUUGGAAGGAAAUGAGAGACGAGCUGUAGAAGCAAGAAUAAUGUGCUUGAGAAAUAUUCGAACUCUUCUUGAUGCUGCUAUGACUCAUUUUCAUCAAUAUAGUUCAAUAACUGCUAAUAUUGACUGGAGUGCCUACACCAAUAAAGACCCACAACCGGAAACUAGUACUACAAAGGAAGAGAAUAGGGAAACAGCUACAUCUCCCUCCUCACAAAGUAAAACAACCGACGAACAACUAGAAGGUGCUGUUGGGUAUACCGCUGUUUCUGAAGAAGUAACUGCAGAUUCCUCAAGAGCUGAGGAUACCCAGGAAAAUGAAUUACGAAAGAGAAGGUUAGAAAGAUUUGAAAGGACUCAACAGAAUAGUGAUAAAAAAUUUCCACAAAAUGAACCUGUGGAUUGA